GAACGCGUAGAAAUAGUAUGUUGAUUGAAAUACGAUUCAUUCACACAAUAUUUUGAAAACAAAACAAUUUAAAGGUGCAGCGUUCAUGAAAAUUAACCUCCGGCUGCCGAAGUGAAGUGGUUCUACAGCAAUAAUGGCCUUCGUUGUAACGUUGGUGCUAAUUCUCGCUUUCAUAGAAUGUAUUCAAAGUUUUGAUUCAAGAAAUGUGGUAUUCACAAUAGUGAGUCAACCAGAGCCAUACCACGCCAGCGUCGCCAAGCGACUUAAGCAGGAUAUCGAAAAUCAAGUCCUACAGUUAGAAAAUCGUUACCCAAAAACUCAUAUAACACACGAAGACUUCCCCGUGGCGGGAGCGUGGACGAUCCUGCCACUACUUGCGCCCCUCACGUCACGGUACAAACGUACUGAAGUCAGAUGGGUGCUGUUCGUGGAGACGCAUACUGCUGUGAGGGUUGAUAAGCUCAUUGAGGCUCUCGCGGCUGCUGAUAAACAGGAGGAUGUAAUGUGGAUAGGCUAUCCGCUCAGUGAUGAGGAGCCCACCAUCAUCCACCACUUUACUUUCUACGAGGAGUUGGAGGAGGAAGGUGGAUUCACGUACCCUAACUUCGCGAGCGGGUUCGCCAUGAGGAUUGAACUUAUUGAAAUCCUCCUAAAACAAAUCGAAAGUGGACAACGGCGGUUAGAAGCUGAUUUCUCAAUAGACCCUGCGUUUGAGUUGGCACAGCUGGUGUACGGAGGCGGCAGCGACCCUGGACCCUUGCUCACGCCUGAUCUCAGCUUCUGUAUAGUAUCUGGUGAUAACUGUGCGACGUAUCCACGCCAGUUUGGGGUUUGUGGCAGUGCCAUUCCUGAGGAUUCGAUAUUCUUCGCCGUGAAGACAUGGACUGGUUUCCAUCAGACCAGAGCGAGGGUUGUCAAAAAGACAUGGGGGAGGCAUGUCAGUCAUUUGCAGUUCUUUAGCGAUAAAGAUGACCCGACCCUGCCAGCGAUCAGCACAGGCAUACCAAACAGCAAGACAGGCCACUGCGCCAAAACCAUGGCCAUCUUACGCAUGGUGCUGAAGAGGAUACAACAUAUGCCGCAUAUCAAGUGGAUAUUCUUGGCUGAUGAUGACACUAUACUUGGGGUACAAAGACUAUGUGAGGUGCUAAGUUGUUACCGCGGCGGUGAUGACGUCACAGUACUCGGAGAAAGAUACGGCUAUGGGUACGGGAAGAAAGAAACUGCUGCUAAAGGCUACGACUACAUAACAGGCGGUGGCGGCACAGUGCUGAGCGUGUUCGCGGCGCGGCAGCUGUCGAGCUGCUCGUGCGGCGCGGGCGCGGCGCGGGCGCCGGACGACAUGACGCUCGGCGCCUGCGCACACCAUCGCCUCAACCUCACCAUGACACACUCACCGCUAUUCCAUCAGGCACGCCCACAAGACUACGCACGGGAAGUGUUAGCCCGCGACCGACCAGUUUCCUUCCAUCGUCAUUCCUCACCAGAACCAGUAAAGGUUUACUCCACCUGGUUCCAACAUGAUGACCUGGCUCUAAAGAAGACUAGGAGAAGAGAUGAGCUCUGAAGAGUAGAGUAACUGGUAAGUCUGCCCGUCAUCGUCAGACUUAUUGUAGGACGGAAAAUCGGUCCGAUUUUUUGUAGGACGUUGUGAAUAGGAUUUUCUGACAGGCUUUGUAGGACGUGUGCGUUAAUAUUGCUGUGAGUUAUAUUUUUGUCCUACAAGAAAUCGAUCUCUGAUAUAUCGGACGUGAGUGGGCAGGUGUAGCCUAAAAGUCGCUGAACGAAGAUACGAAACUAGUCUUCAGGAAUUAUCUUGGCAAUAUUUUCAGAGGCAAUCAAUGUAAAAGACAAAUUAUUUAACUUGUUAAUAAAGUUUUAUUUUGUAUAAUUUCGCUUCUAUUAACGCUGUGUUUUAAGAAGAAGGCAUGCAAGAAAUUAACUACAACGCAUUUUGUGCCAAAAAU